AUGAAAAAUAAUUCCAUGCUAAGUAAAAUCUGGAACUUCAGAGACAUCGGUGACCAACUUCUGUAUGUUUAUGAAAAAUUGGUCAAGAAGGAUUGGACAGCAAACCAAACUAAUGCACAUAGCUUGAGACAAGAGCUUGCGAGAUAUCGACCAGAACUUAACGAUAGCACAACCAUUAUUCUUCAUCAAAAGAACGUCAAAAUAAACGAAACUAUAAAACAAGUUUAUUCGAAAGAGCCAAUAAAAAUCACGCCCGAAAUAUUUCAUCGACUUUCAAAGAGUGAUCCAAUAGGUCUACCAAAGGGAAAGAGAUAUCACUCGUGUGCACUUGUCGGAAACAGCGGUUCAAUUCUACACAGUGGCUGUGGAGAACGUAUUGAUAAACACGACUAUGUAAUAAGAUGUAACUUGGCACCACUCGCACCGUUCAAAGUAGAUGCUGGUCUGAAAAAUGAUUACAUUACGAUGAAUCCAAGCAUAAUACGCACAAGAUAUCGCAGAUUCCGGACAAGGAAGGCGAUCAAGAAAUUUAAUGUUGACGUUUCAAAAUACAGCGGCAUCUUGAGCAUACCCUGCUUUGGGAUACGAUUACCUGAGGUCAUGAAAGCCUUUAAAUUGUUCAAAGGAAAGAAACCAAAGAUGGCAUGCAUGAAUACCAAACACUUCCAAUCAGUGAUAGAUUUCUGGGGAAGCACUGGUGCAAUAGAUAAAGGAUUAUCUACUGGGUUCUACAUGGUUUCAAUGGCCAUACAGCUUUGUGAUGAAAUAGACCUCUACGGUUUUUGGCCCUUCUCUUCGCGUUUUGAAAGCAACAAGACUGACGUAGCCUACCAUUACUUUGACAACAUCCGGCCCGACACGGCUGAAAAGCACCAUGCUAUGGAUCAGGAAUUUAGCAUUAUUGUUCAGCUCCACAAUCUAGGCAUUGUCAAUUUAAAUAUUGGAUCAUGUUAA